AACAAUGGGGUCGAAUGCAAGAUAGAUAUGGCUACAUGCGCAGUUACAACAGUCGUUGUUCCAGUCAACGAUUUGCUUCCCUCCGGACAUCAAGAGGCCAGAGUCCGCUCAAGAGCCAGCCAAUGAGCCAAAAUUGUGAGAAGUCGAGUCAUCGAGAGUGCGAGAAAGGCGAAUGGACUAAUUGGUGUGCCUCAAUGGUAACGCGUCCCAGAUGGGUCAAUAAAAGAUCACUGAUCAGAGCCCUGACCGAUUUGACCAACCCUGAUGCCUAUAACUGCUCACACGAGUCCGGGGUUCCGCUGUGCAACUGACUCAGAGCGUGUGAACUGAGCUGGCGCCCUUGAGGCACUGCUCGUACGACUAUUACUAACUAUCAGUUCGACCUACACGUCCUUGCAGUUAAUGUUUGAACAACUUGCUAAAGCAUUCCUCGGCUCAUCCAGCUCUUACUCGUCAAAUGCGCAAUCUGGCAAUGGUUCCACGACAAGGGAAGACCCUAAGGCGAAGGGAACCACCGCUGCACCCUCCGUCCUUCGUGAAGAUCUUUAUAAGGCCAUCCAGGAAUGCUCCCGCUGGCUAGCAACGUCAACUCCCGGGGACGGCUUUGCUUACCGUCCCGUCUUAGAAAUUCUGAAACCUCACUACCCCGACCUUGAAGUGCCCUUUGGAAUCGCACAGGAAGAGAUUGCCAUUAUUGUGGGCGCUGUGACGAAUUUGGCCUUUGAAUAUACAGGAUGUGCGCCGGAGUCAUACACCGCCAUCAUUGCAUUCAGGACAUGGAUCGACACCUUGGAUAAUGCCAUUCGAACCUGGAGAUCGAAAGGGGAGAGCGCAGCGUCAACAGCGAACCGCAUUUGUGAUGGUGUUGUUCAAGGAGUCAAUGUCGCAGCCGAUCCCUCGUUCAUCACCAAAGAGUUCACUGGACGGCUUCAAGUCAUCAACAUGUGCAAAACCAUUUCUGUGUCUGCGUAUGGAGCAAAUAGUUCUCAGACCAGACAAUCCGAUGCCCUGUGGGGCUCCCGUCUGCUCUCAUCUUGAUUCACUUGGGCAAUGCGUUCUUCUCCACUUGAGUGAUUUUUUGGUCCGUUUUAGUAGACGUUGCAAUAUCUAGCUCCCCUCGGCUCCAGCCCAUACGGCAAUGCCUGUAUCUUGUUAAAAUGAUAUUGUUGCAAUCAUUAGUGUAGUAACAACGUUUGGCGCUUAGGGAAAACCAGUAUGUAUUACAUAAUCGAAUCGAUAACAUGUGCCGAC